GAAGGACGGGCUGCAAGAUGGCGGCGCCGGAGGAGCGGCUCGUGUCGGAGGGCGAAGGCGGCGCCCCGGGCUCGGCGCGGCUCUCCCCGGCCCCGCUGCCGGAGGCCGCCGAGCCGCUGGCGCCCAUGGAGCCGCCGCCUCAGAGCAACACGCUCAUGGGGCUGCCCAUCGUGGCUAUCGAGAGCAUCCUCAGCUUCCUGUCCUACGAUGAGACGAGCCAGCUGCGCUUGGUUUGUAAGCGAAUGGAUUUGGUUUGCCAGAGAAUGUUAAAUCAGGGAUUUCUGAAAGUGGAAAGAUACCACAACUUGUGUCAAAAGCAAGUUAAAGCUCAACUUCCAAGACGGGAGUCAGAAAGGAGAAACCAUUCAUUAGCUCGCCAUGCAGACAUCCUUGCUGCUGUGGAAACGAGACUCUCGCUCCUAAAUAUGACUUUCAUGAAGUAUGUGGAUUCCAAUCUCUGUUGCUUCAUACCUGGAAAGGUAAUAGAUGAAAUUUAUCGAGUGCUAAGAUAUGUAAACUCCACAAGAGCUCCUCAGAGAGCUCAUGAAGUUCUUCAAGAACUAAGGGACAUUUCCUCCAUGGCUAUGGAAUAUUUUGAUGAGAAGAUUGUUCCAAUACUGAAAAGAAAGAUGCCUGGGUCAGAUGUAUCGGGACGUCUAAUAGGAACUGCCCCAGUUCCAGGGCCUUCUGCAGCACUGACAACAAUGCAGCUGUUCUCCAAGCAGAGCCCUUCCAGGCAGGAAGUCACCAAGCUGCAGCAGCAGGUGAAAGCCAACGGCACGGGCCUGACGGCGCUAAAGCGGGAGAUCUCGGAGCUGCGCGUCAAAGUGCAGGAGCAGCAGAAGCAGCUCCAGGAUCAAGACCAGAAACUGCUUGAGCAAACCCAAAUCAUUGGGGAACAGAACGCCCGCUUGGCCGAGCUGGAGCGCAAGCUGCGGGAGGUGAUGGAGAGCACAGUAGGGAAUUCUUCAGGUUCCGGCUCAAAUGAACAAUCUCCCAGGAAAAGGAGGAAGGCGGUGGAUUCCACAGACUGUCCUAGGAAAUCUAAACGCCUUCGGAACAGAAAAUAACUGGGGAGGAAAUGGCGCCUUCAGGAGGAUACACUGCUCUAGUAGCCCAAGCAGGCCUGCUUGUUCAGAUACUGUGACCAGCUUCAUGGUGUCACUUAGGCUGCUGGCUCUUCAAAGCACCACUUAGACUUGAACAGUGAUUUUCUUUCAUUGACUUUUCCCCUGCUUUCUAUAUGGGUGGGCCUAAUGCACAGAAUCUUUAAGAUUUGCAAUAGCUACAUACUAACCAGACCUGCUCUGUUAUGUUUUGAAGGGUUAACCUUUUUUUUUUGUGCAGAUGUGUUUUGAAGUAAACUUAUUUGUGUUUAUGCAUAUGUUCACAUGAAAUCUUAAAUAAAUUGUCUUAACUGACUAAAUGGUUAAGAGUAAAAACAGAUGUCCUGUUCACUUGAAGGAAAGAUCCGCUUUUAAAACCUU